AUUGGAAAUAGUCGGAUUAGUUAAGUAUUUGUGUGCAACUUAUUUUACCGCUAAUUGUGGCUUGUAUUUCUUCUCAAAACAGUGUUUAUAAUUGUUUAUAAUAAUCUCAAAAAGCAAGCAUAUUGUGGGAAAAGAUAGUAUGUAGCGAAUAUUGAAGGUUUUAAUCCAAAUAUUUGUGACUUCACAUACAAAACGACAAAUUGGCCAACAUUAGCAUAUAUGGCUAUAUAUGUAUGUGUAUAUACGUGGAGCAUUAAACACAAAACGUUUUAUUGAGUCAUGAAACCAGUCGAUGUCGCUUACCGGCUGCUGCCCGGUAUUAAAUGGUUACACGGUUAUACGGCGCAAGAUGCUGUAGCCGAUCUGAUUGCUGGUAUUACAGUUGGUUUGACGGUGUUGCCACAGGGUCUUGCUUACGCGACAUUGGCGGGAUUGGAGCCACAAUAUGGUCUCUACUCCGCAUUUGUUGGUGGCAUUGUAUAUGCCUUUCUGGGCAGCUGCCGUCAAGUUACUAUCGGCCCAACUGCUUUACUUGCACUGAUGACUAGCCGUCAUACUGGCUUCGGCUUGAACUCUGGUCCUGCUUAUGCGAUAUUACUGUGUUUGAUCUCCGGGCUUGUUGAGUUUCUAAUGGCUGUGCUGCGUUUAGGCGCACUUGUGGACCUAAUUUCUCUACCGGUAACUGUGGGUUUCACCUCCGCAACGGCAGUCAUCAUUGGCACGUCACAGUUGAAAGGUCUACUGGGCAUACGUGGCGGCGGUGGUGGUUCCGGUUUUAUGCAAACUAUGCAGUCGGUUUUUACGAAUUUAGACAAAAUACGCUACGGUGAUUUUACUUUGGGUAUUGUUGCCAUCACAAUAUUGCUUUUGUUGCGGAAACUGAAGGAUGUGAAAAUACCCGGUCGUCGCAUAUUGAGUGGCACUCUCUGGGUUAUUGCCACUGGUCGUAACGCGCUCGUUGUGCUCGUCGCCAGUGUUUUAGCUUACAAUACAUGCGAUACACACGAGUCAUGCCCAUUCGUGUUGACGGGUAAAGUGAAAAGCGGUUUUCCCGAUGUCGAAUUGCCCAAAUUCCAUACAACAAUACAAGGUUCGAAUGGCACUGCAGUCGAACAGGACUAUAAGGAUAUGUUGAAAGAGCUCGGACCCUCCAUGAUUAUACUGCCCGUGAUCGCCGUGCUGGGCAACGUUGCCAUAUCGAAGGCUUUCAGCAGCGCAGGCAUCAGUCCCACACGCGAAUUAGUGGCGCUCUCACUCAGCAACGUGGUCGGUUCGUUCUUCUCCUCAAUGCCCGUGACGGGUUCCUUCUCACGCAGCGCGGUGAAUCAUGCGAGUGGCGUGCGUACACCCAUUGGCGGUUUCUAUACCAGCGCGCUGGUGCUGUUGGCACUCGGUUUGCUGGCGCCCUACUUUCAGUAUAUACCAAAGGCGGCGCUCAGUGCGGUCAUCAUUUCGGCAGUAAUAUUUAUGAUCGAAUUUGAGGUCGUCAAACCGCUUUGGCGUUGCAGUCGUCGUGAAUUGUUGCCUGGCGCCAUUACAUUCGUUGUUAGUCUCGCCAUUGGCGUGGAACUCGGUUUGCUGUUGGGUGUCGGUGUAGAUGUUGGUUAUCUAGUGUAUCGUGCCGCACGUCCAGCGCUUACUGUCUCCAAAUUGAGGACAACCAACGGCACUGAGUACAUACUCAUGCGCCCUAAUCACAGUUCACUCUACUUUCCUGCAAUUGAAUGGGUGCGCACUGGCAUUUCGAAGGCUGUGAUCAUGCACGGCACUGCCCCAGUUGUUCUAGAUUGCUCCAAUAUGCAUGAACUCGAUUUCACAGCUGCUCGCGGCAUGGGUGCUUUGAAUAAAGAGUUGGCAAGCAGUUUUGUGCCAUUCUUUCUGCUGAAAGCCUCCAAAGAGAUCUGCGUUAUACUAAAAGAAUCGACAAAUUGUGAUUUCUCAACAAUAGACACACCAGAUGAUUUGGAAUAUAUACUAGAAAACACGGCAUCGAUCGACGAUCAUCGCUUGCAAGUUACCAUUCCGCUAAUUUCUGCACAAACUAAAGUAAAUUGUGGUGAUACAACGACGAUUGAUGGCGGUGGCGGUGGCGGUGCCGGACAUUUGUAGAUUUACAUAUACAUACAUAUACAAUACAAAAUGUAGAU